AUGCGGCUCUCGACUUUUGUUUCUGCUCUGGCAAUCACAGCCAAUGUGGUCUCAGCGGCACAUCACUCUGGGAGGAGCUUGAGGCAUGUUGGUAAAGAAGACAAGCAGCGCAUGCAUACAAGACGACAACCUCAAUUGCCUAAACAACGUCGCUCCGCCCCAUCUCAAUACCUUACCAAUUCUACCGCCAAAUACGUUGUAAACGGAACGGCGAUCCCAGAAGUGGAUUUUGAUAUUGGCGAGAGUUAUGCUGGUUUGAUGCCAAUAUCCUCAGCUCCAAACGAGACGAGUCAAUUUUAUUUCUGGUUCUUCCCUUCAGAGAACCCGAGUGCUUCUGAUGAGAUACUUAUUUGGCUAAAUGGCGGGCCCGGUUGCUCUUCCCUCGAAGGCUUGCUGCAGGAGAACGGCCCGUUCAUCUGGCAGUACGGAACAUUAAAGCCAGUCCCAAAUCCAUAUACAUGGGUGAACUUGACGAACGUUGUUUGGAUAGAGCAGCCAGUCGGGACCGGUUUCUCGCGGGGAGUUCCAACUGCGACCGACGAGGAAGAUGCUGCCGCGCAAUUCCUAGGCUUCUGGAAGAACUUUGUCGAUACUUUUAAACUGCACGAUCGCCGUGUUUUCAUAACAGGCGAGUCUUAUGCGGGAAUGUAUGUUCCAUACAUUGCGGAUGCUAUGCUUAACACGAAUGACACCAAGUAUCACAAUGUGGAAGCUACUAUGAUAUAUGACCCAUCUAUUUCUUAUGAUGCUAUUACAGAACAAAUACCCGCUGUUCCAUUUGUUGACACUUGGCCUGGCCUGUUUCCGUUUAAUGAUACCUUUAAGGCUCAAAUUCACAACAUGUCAGAAUCUUGCGGCUACACUGACUACAUCGACAAAUACUUGACCUUCCCACCUCCUGGCCCCUUCCCCUCGCAGCUCCCUGGAACUGCGGCGAAUGGGAGGACAACCAAGGACUGUGACGUCUUCGACGCCAUCUUCAACGAAAUAUCCUGGCUCAACCCAUGCUUUGAUAUUUACCAAAUAGCCACGACCUGCCCACUAUUAAACGAUGUCCUCGGCUACCCGGGCUCAUUCGAGUAUCUUCCCGCAGGUAGUAGCGUAUAUUUCAACAGGACCGAUGUGCAAAAGGCUAUCAAUGCCCCCCACAUUGAUUGGGCCUCUUGUUCCGCUAUAGAUGUUUUUGUUAAUGGUACAGAUAACAGCCUUCCUUCUGGCGUCACCGUUUUGCCCGGGGUUAUUGAGCGUAGCAAACGUACAAUAAUUGCACAUGGAACUCUUGAUAUGGUUCUUAUCGCAAACGGUACUCUCCUUGGGAUUCAAAACAUGACCUGGAACGGCGCCCAAGGCUUCCAAAAGCAGCCGUCGGACCACUUUUAUGUUCCGUAUCACCACGAUCCAUCUCUCUCUACCCUCGCCGCGUCUGGCAUCUUCGGCACGACACACACGGAGCGAGGACUUACAUGGGUCACGAUUGAGCUUUCCGGCCACAUGGUCCCCCAGUACGCCCCUACAGCAGCCUACAGACACCUUGAAUACCUGCUUGGCAGAGUCGAUUCUCUCUCUAGCAUGGCACCUUUUACAACAGAUGAUUUCCCUCAACCUAAUGUUACGCUUGGGAGCACGAAGCGCGCAGUGCCUGCGAUGUAA